AUGUCUGGAGUUAAACCAUCAUUCCAACUUUUACAAUCUUGGAAAGUAUAUACAUGCCUGAAAAAAAACCUAUUUAUUUGUCUCCUAACAGGUGUUUAUGCUGUCCUCACAUAUGGAGCUAAAUGUGGGCCAAGUGAAUAUCUAUCAGCAGCUGGAGAAUGUUGUCCUAUGUGUAAUAUAGGGUCGGUGGUUGUCAAAGACUGCUCUGGUGAUUACAGUACAUCAUGCAAACCUUGCUCCAAAGGAACGUUUAUGAAUGAACCUAACGGCCUUAACAAAUGUUUUUCAUGUAAAUCCUGUGACACAGGCCUUUAUAUUUUGCAAGAGUGUACCACAAUAAAGGAUACAGUAUGUGAGGUCUUGGAUGGAUAUUAUUGCAUACAGAAGUCAGGUAGAGAAUGUUCUCUUGCAUUGAAACACAGUGAAUGUGAACCAGGGCAGCAAGUAAAGACUCCAGGCACUAAGGACUCGGAUACAGUUUGUGAGCCGUGUCCACCAGGAUUUUAUUCUCCUAAAGGUGUGACCUGCACUAAAUGGACUGAGUAAGUCAGUUAUUUGUAAUAUAAAUGUAAUAUUUUUGUUAAUAUAAUUGGACUACGCUGAUGUAACGUCCAUAUUUACUCUCCACUUAAAGUUGUACUCCUUAUUGGUUACAUCUUUCAUUCAGAUGAACUGGUUGUGUUUGUAGAUCUAUUAAUGCGGUUUCUUUUUGUGCUUACAGAGUCCUGUAGAAGAAACAGAACCUGAA